CAAUAAUCUGUUUGCAUUACACUGUUGCACGUCAUUACCAGCCAGUGCUGAACGUUAAACUCAUGCUAUGUUAUGCUAACGUGACGCUAACAUUACGCUAACAUUGUGCUAAUGUUGGGCUAAUGUUAUGUUAGCAUUAUACUAAGAUUUGAUAUUAUUGACACAUUGUACUGUGCAAGUCUCUGCUUCGUAACUCGUGACAUCAGCAUCGGGACGUCACCUAGGAUACAGUGGUGACAUCACCAGGCCACAGUACAUAAGCACUGGUCUCUCAGUACUGCAGUCAGAAGGUGUGUAUUUUUUUAAACUACACACCUGAGCUCUCUUUCUUAAGAGAAAUAUGGAUUUCAAGAGAACUAAGGGGCUUUUAUUUCCACCGCUGCCGCCCUCUGGACCACGUCCUGUUAGGCGCAACCGUCUCCAAGUAAGGGUGCUGGAACCUGAAUGGCUGGAGAACUCGUUUGUUUACGAGGAUCUCAUUUCCAGUCCUUUUCUUCAGCACCCAGCUCCUCCACCUGUACCCCUGCCAGUCGCUACCAAACCAGUGGUGGUGAAUGAAGCACCGGCCAAGUAUUCACCAGGUAGCAGAAUUCAUAACCUAGACUGGCAGGAGAGGCUGAGGCCAAUCCAAGUUGUGUCUGGUACCAACAAGGCUGCCCACAGAAAAGUGGACAAAUCAGUAAAGGUGGAGGGAGCACGCAAGGAGCCCAGUAACAUCUGGGCAGCUCCUCAGGCCGUCGAGAGUGGUCAGGGAGUGGUGCAUCCACUGGUGCUUCCAUCCCUGACCCGGGAGGAUCCCCUCGACAGGCCUGAGGAAGCUCUCGGCCUGGCACUAUGCUUGCUGCAGGAUGACGAAUGGGAAAGAAAAUGCGAGGGACUGCGGCUUGUGCGAGCACUGGCGGAACAUCAUUCCUGCAUUGUGCUGCCAGAGCUCCACAUAAUCUGCAACGCCGUCAAAGAAGAGGUGAAAAACCUCAAAACCAUAGUCUCUCGGGACGCCAUUAAUACCAUGGCACACCUGUUCGCAUACCUGCAGCAUGAAAUGAACAGCGAGGUUGUGGGCGCUGCUCGCACCCUCCUUAACAAGGCUGGAGAGUCCAGCCUGCUUAUAAGGGAGGGGGUGGAGCUAGCCCUCAGCACCAUGGUGCUCUCCUGUUCACCAGGCCGAGUCCUGCGCGCACUGCUGGCUGGUGGGCUCAGCCACAGAAACCCGGCCGUCAGGGCCACCACUGCAUAUAGCCUGGUGAGGCUCCUGCAGGAGGUAGGGGUUUCCCGUGUGCUGACUGGCAGGAAGUUUGCCAGCAAACUCCUUCCUGCCUUCAGCACACUGGCAUUCGAUUCAGCCCAAGAAGUCAGGACCCACGCCCGAGCCGCUUUACAGCUUCUGGGCGGUCAUAAAGAGGCAGUGGCAGCGGUGGGGAAAUAUGUUUCUCUAGAACAGCAGCAAUCCGUUAUGGAAUUGCUUUUUUAGUUAAUCAUUUAAUCAUUCUGUACAGUUAUUGUCUAGAGUUGGGAUGUGUUCAGUGUUCAGCUGUUCAGACGGGGUUUGGUGUCGAAUGCUCAGUUCUAGAGAAGCUCACAGACUCAGAGCUGUUCACAGUGGUGGAGAACAGGAACCACAUCUGAAGAGGUGAGCAUGGCAGUGGCUCCACCUUCCUCUGGGGGAGGUGGGGUCUCUGCUUGGUGGGAAACGCACCGGCCCUGUGGCAUCAGGGCUUCCCAGUCAACCAGCUGGGAAUGUCCCGCCCCAAAACAAGCCCUACAAAGCUUGUGAGGGGUUCGCCCAGGGCCGGCCGGCGUCCCCCAGCCCCUAUUUUAGAGGCAGGCCACCCUUCAGAUGUACGGGUCCCGUCUCAUCACUGUGAUCAGUUCUGACUCUGUCGGCUUCUCUGGAACAAAGCAUUUCACACCAAACCCACUCUGAACACCUGAACACCGAAUACAUCCCAACCAGACCAUUGCAAAAUAAAAAUCCUUAAAAAAAAAUCAUUGUCUCUGUCAUCAUUACUAAUAUAUAAAAACUAUACAGACACACAGAUAUUAAAGGUCUGUAGGGGUAUAUAAAUAAUAUUUACAUGCAUAGACAGAGUUAUAAACAGACAGACAGACAUAUAGAAAGUAAAGGUCUACAGGGAUAUAAUAAAAGUAAAAACAUAUGCAUAGACAGAAUAAUAAACAGACAGACAGAUAGAAAGUAAAGGUAUGUAGUAGUAGUGGUGGGUAAUAUACUGGUUUAUCUGGUAUACCAGAGGGGAAAUUAAAACCUUUAUGCAUAUUUCACUCACCACCAUACCGCUAAAGGCUCUACGAAGUGCUGAAGAAGCACACUUGUAAAACUCGCUGGCUGGCUCAUCACGACUGUGCAUACAUCCACAUCCACAUACAUCCAGUUACACACAUGCACAUGUGUGCACACUCUCUGGCUGGCCAAGAUAUAUGCCCUCGUGCUCUGCUGUAGGAUUCACUGGAGCUGUACGCCAAUUCAUUUGCUGUGGCAGCCGGGCCAGGUCUGUUCCACCUCUGCUUCUCACUUAUAGAGUGGCGGGACUGAUUGAUAGAGCUGUGUACGAGUGCAGUCAGAUAAAUGUGAAUAUACGUUUUUCAUACUUUUCCAGGACUGUUCCCCAGAAAAACAGGAUUAAUAUACAAGACGUUUUGAAAAAUAUUAUAAAUAUACACUAUAUUGCCAAAAAUAUUCACUCUCCCAUCCAAAUCGUUG